UUACCUCCCAGUCUCGAGAGCCGUAAAAUCCAGAGGAGCGCUGUCGUAAGGAAGAAGAAAGAAAAGAAGACGUGAAGGUGGUGCGCGGACUUGACCGAGCAAUUAACGCCAAGGUCAAGAUCUCGAAUUCGGAUAUCAACGGAUAUCGCAGUAUCAAUCAUUGGCACUGUCUGUGAUUUCACUACCACAGUCUGUUGCUGCUACUUUCACGGGGCAAACGGAAGGAGGGAGCACGGGGCAUAUACAAGAUGGCGCAGAAGAACGUUGUUGUUGUAGGCGCCGGUGUCGCAGGUCUCACUACCGCACUGUUACUUUCCCGGCGUCCGGGAUACAACAUCGUCGUGGCAGCGAAGCACAUGCCCGGCGACUACGACAUUGAAUACGCUUCGCCAUGGGCGGGCGCGAAUUAUAUGCCUGUAUCCGUUCGUGGCACCGAAGCCGCAGAAUGGGACAAGAACACUUGGGGACCGCUCGAGGAUCUUGCGCGUAAUCAUCCUGAUGCUGGGGUCCAUUUUCAACAUUGCGAGAUUCAUAACCGGUCAAAGGACGUCGGGACCGCGACUGCAGAGUGGUUUGCCGAGUUGUUAUCUCCGAAUCCUUGGUUCAAGGAGGUUGUCCCUAGCUUCCGAUCCAUCCCCAAAAGCGAGCUUGGCCCAGGAAUCGACUCUGCCACCGACUUUACCUCAGUUUGCAUCAACACGGCUAUUUACCUCCCCUGGCUGGUAUCGCAAUGUCUGAAGAACGGUGUCAUUUUCAAACGUGCUUCUUUCAACCACAUUUCAGAUGCCGGACGACCGGAUGUUCACCCGGCGAAGAAGGUCGAUCUUGUCGUCAAUUGCACUGGUCUUGGAGCGGCCAAGCUAGGCGGCGUCGAAGAUAAGACGGUUGUGCCGGCGAGAGGGCAGAUCGUGCUUGUCCGCAACGAUGCUGGAAAGAUGCUCGAUGUCUCGGGCACUGAUGAUGGCGAUGGCGAGGCAUGCUAUGUGAUGACGAGGGCUGCGGGUGGUGGUACGAUCUUGGGUGGGUGCUACCAGAAAGGCAGUUUUGAGUCUGGAGUCGAUCCGAAUCUUGCUGUGAGGAUCAUGAAGAGAGCGGUCGCGCUGUGUCCGGCCCUGACAGGCGGCAAGGGCAUUGAGCAUUUGGAUAUCAUACGGCAUGGCGUCGGGUUGAGACCUGUGCGGGAGGGUGGAACGAGGAUCGCGAAGGAGCGUAUUGGUGGCGCUUGGGUUGUGCAUAACUAUGGCGCGGGCGGAGCUGGGUAUCAGUCAUCGUAUGGAUGCGCGAUGGCUGCUGUGAAGCUUGUAGAGGAGGCUUUGGAGGCUCGUGCGAAGUUGUAGCAGGUGUUUGUUGAUAUCGAUUAGGAUCGCCGGGGCUGGCGGGUCUGAAGUGACCGACCAGGGUAGUGAUUGAUGAAGGACGAUAAAGCUCGAAUCCCGAUCGGAGCAGUAGUGCAAUCAAAUCUUUGUGAAAGGCUGCCAUGCUGUGAAACUGGCCCAGCAACAUUUUUCAAUGGCGUCCCGCGACGUAUGACCGACCCACUGACUUAGAU